UCAGAUUCUCUUUGUGGCCAGAUGGGUUUGUAUGGACAAGCUUGUCCAUCUGUAACUUCAUUAAGGAUGACAUCUGAACUGGAGAGCAGCCUAACAUCUAUGGACUGGUUACCACAGCUUACCAUGAGAGCAGCCAUCCAGAAAUCUGAUACUACACAAAAUGCCCACGGAACGGGGAUUUCCAAGAAGAAUGCACUCCUUGACCCAAAUACAACCCUGGACCAGGAGGAAGUCCAACAGCACAAAGAUGGAAAACCUCCAUACAGUUAUGCCAGCCUCAUCACCUUUGCAAUUAAUAGCUCACCCAAAAAGAAAAUGACUCUAAGUGAGAUAUACCAGUGGAUUUGUGAUAACUUCCCAUAUUAUAGAGAGGCUGGCAGUGGUUGGAAGAAUUCAAUACGGCAUAAUCUGUCACUGAACAAGUGCUUCCUUAAAGUGCCUCGAUCCAAGGAUGACCCUGGAAAGGGGUCUUACUGGGCAAUAGACACCAAUCCGAAGGAGGAUGCGCUGCCUACUCGGCCAAAGAAGAGGGCACGAUCUGUAGAACGGGCCUCAACUCCAUAUAGCAUAGAUUCAGAUUCUUUGGGAAUGGAGUGUAUUAUUUCGGGAAGUGCCUCUCCAACUCUGGCAAUCAACACUGUGACUAACAAAGUAACGCUGUACAACACUGAUCAGGAUGGUAGUGAUAGCCCACGUAGUAGCCUUAACAACAGUCUCUCAGACCAGAGUUUGGCAUCUGUUAAUUUGAACAGUGUUGGAAGUGUGCAUAGUUAUACACCGGUGACCAGCCAUCCAGAACCAGUCUCUCAGUCAUUAACUCCUCAGCAGCAGCCACAGUACAACCUCCCAGAAAGAGACAAACAACUGCUUUUCUCAGAAUACAAUUUUGAAGAUCUCAGUGCCUCUUUUCGGAGCCUUUACAAGUCGGUCUUUGAGCAGUCACUUAGUCAACAAGGUUUGAUGAACAUCCCUUCUGAAUCUUCCCAGCAGUCCCAUACUCCAUGUUCCUAUCAGCAUUCUCCUAGCAGUACAGUGAGCUCUCACCCACACAGCAACCAAAGCAGUCUGUCCAACAGUCAUGGCAGUGCCCUCAGUACUGCUGGCAAUAAUUCAGUUGCACAAGUUUCACUGUCCCACCCACAGAUGCACACACAGCCGUCUCCACAUCCACCUCAUCGACCGCAUGGUUUACCACAGCAUCCGCAGCGUCCCCAGCACUCAGCACCACACCCGCAGCAGCACAGCCAGCUCCAGUCCCCUCACCCCCAGCACCCAUCUCCUCACCAACACAUACAGCACCAUCCGAACCAUCAGCACCAGACGUUAACACAUCAAGCACCCCCACCCCCACAAGUAUCCUGUAAUUCUGGUGUUUCAAACGAUUGGUAUGCAACACUUGAUAUGCUAAAAGAAAGCUGUCGAAUUGCCAGCAGUGUGAAUUGGUCAGAUGUAGACCUUUCACAAUUUCAAGGUUUGAUGGAGAGUAUGAGACAAGCAGAUCUCAAGAACUGGUCUUUAGAUCAAGUCCAAUUUGCUGAUCUCUGUUCUUCUCUUAAUCAAUUCUUUACACAAACUGGCCUUAUCCACUCACAGAGUAAUGUUCAGCAAAAUGUCUGUCAUGGUGCCAUGCAUCCUACAAAGCCUUCCCAGCACAUUGGAACAGGCAAUUUGUAUAUAGACUCUAGGCAAAAUCUUCCUCCUUCAGUGAUGCCAUCCCCUGGUUAUCCUCACAUCCCACAGACACUCAGCACUCCAGGAACGACGAUCACAGGCCACCAUGGAGCCAUGAACCAGCAGCACAUGAUGCCUUCCCAAGCCUUCCAGAUGCGGCGCUCCCUGCCUCCAGACGACAUCCAGGAUGACUUUGAUUGGGAUUCAAUUGUGUAG